GGGAUUUUCAAACCCGUCGUUCGACGUCCCUUCUUUGACGACCGUCACAUUGCCGUCCUCUUCCUCCAAGGCUGGCGGGCUCUAUAUAUCUCGUUUCUCUUCCUCUCUAAUAGUCGCCCCCUAUGUCGGACUACGACUCGUCUCGAGAGUCGUCCCCGUGCCGCGACGACAAGCCUUCUCACAGUGACUUUUAUCUCGGCCUCAGCCAGGGAAGGCAGCCUUCAGAUGCAUACGACACUCUCCUGCCCCCAUGGCGGGCAGCUAUCCGCCGAAGACUCAUCCAGAGCGUGCACCUCGAGUCCAAGGUGAUAGCGUGCAUGCAGGAAUACAUACGCACUCCCUGGCUCGACGCCUAUUUUGUGUAUACUUCGUCUUUAGGAACGCAUACCUUCUUCAUGACCGUGCUUCCAGUGCUGUAUUUCUUUGGAUAUGAAGACAUGGGACGCGGGCUCGUUAUCGUUUUGGCCCUAGGCGUGUACUUUUCCUCAUUUAUAAAAGAUCUUAUCUGCUCUCCGCGGCCCUUUUCGCCUCCCGUGACGCGCCUCACCAUCGGGACACACCACCUCGAGUACGGCUUUCCUUCAACGCACUCCACAAAUAGUGUCUCUAUCGCGCUGUUCCUUUUUGGCCAUGUCUAUCUCCUUACGUCCGGUGCAUCUAACUCCGAAAUAUCACCCAUGAUAUCUCCGUUCACCUACAACGUCCUCGUAGUUCUACUCGUGUUCUACACCUUCUCCAUCGUCUUCGGCCGGCUAUACACAGCGAUGCACUCCUUCACUGACUGUCUCGUGGGCGUCAUCCUAGGUACCGGUCUCUGGUGGGCCUACACCAGUUUCCCCGGUAUCCCGGUCAAGGUUCCUUCUACGUCCACAACGAUCUACCUCGCGCGCGGACUCGGUGCUGGAAAGUGGAUGGAUGAUUGGGUGCAGAGUGGAGGCUGGGAAGUGCCCCUGAUACUGAUUUCUGUUUGUCUCCUUGCAGUAAAUCAGCACCCGCAGCCAGUAGAUGAUUGUCCGUGUUUCGAGGACGCCAUCGCGUUUGGGAGUGUCGUUCUUGGACUUUUAGUCGGGUCUUGGGGCGUAUCCUUUACAAGUCUCUCCGAACGCCGUGCAGUCGUUAUGCCGGGAAGUGGAUGGGUCUUUGAUCAGUCCUUGGCAACAUGGAUAGCUGUGGAGCGCGGCUGGAAGGAUGUGUGCUUGUGGUGGGGUGUGGCAGCUUUGAAGAUGGUGGUGGGGAUCCUCGCUAUCUUUGCGUGGCGUAUUCUAGCCAAGUCAGCGCUGCACAUCACCCUACCGCCGCUUUACCGGUUGCUUUCCAAGAGUUUCCAGUUGCCAAAUCGAAGGUUCUACACGCCUGCAACGGAUUACAAAAAUGUGCCCAGCGAAUUUGCUCACGAAGGCGGUUUGAGGCCGAUUCCUAGUGUCAUUGAUCUACCGGGAAGCGUGGGGAUGGAGGUGGGUGAAGGAAGUGCGUUUUCUUACCGCACAUCUAGAACCAGGGCAGUUAAGAUGAGGAAUGGGAACGAGAAGGUGAGGUUUGCGAUUGGUAAGGGCGCCGUUGAGAGGGAACAAGAGAAAGAAAACGAGGUUAAACAUUAUGAUGCUGAUGUGCUUACGAAGGUUACUGUCUACGCUGGUAUUGCACUUUUGGCCAGCCAGGCCUUGCCUGUCAUGUUUGACGUUCUCGGGUGGGGAGUGCGGUCAUGGCCUGUCGAUGCCUAAGGAUUAAUAUUUGUGACAUUCUGCUCCAACAUUUUGCUACGUUGAUACAGUAUUACCAUGUAAAUUCGGAGGGUCAAUUUAUUUCAGCUUACUUGAUUGGAUGC